AUGGGGAACGGCGAAUCUCGAGUGAAUCUCGUUGGCGGUGAGAAGGGCAAUGCACUUAUAUUGGGGCAAUCCCAAUGCGGCAGAUCACUCCUGAUCACCAAGCCGGACAAGGAUGUUUGUGGAGUUCAUAGACAGGAGUGCCAGUGGCGCUGGAAGCUCGAAGUGUGGAAGAAAACUUCGGAGGACAAAGCUCUUCAAGUUGUGAUCCGGCAUGAUUGGCAUCCUCAAAAGACACUCGACAGCAACUUGAAGCUCACAGAGGAUCCUUGGACAUCUCAUCACCACUGGGAUGUGAUCCAGGUGGACAAGGAGUUCAUCUCGCCUCUCCAAUUUCGCAAUGCGGCCACAGGUAAAUACUUGGCAUUGCAAAACGGGAAACCAUGCCUGAGCACAGAGCCCAGAUGCAUCCAAUUGCUCCCAGCAGGAACUGCACCUUCCCCUGGACAGACAGUCGCGUGGGGUGUUGGUGUGCCUUUGGCGAUCUUUGUUGUGGCUGGGGCCGGGCUUGUGGCUGGCGCUGGAGUUGCAGGUGCUGAAGCACUCGCAUGCCUUCCACUGGGAUUGGGUGCGUAUACCGUGGGCACGGUAGCUGGAGUGGCAACCUUUGCGGGUGAGCUAGUGGCACUUGUCAAGUACACUUCAGAGAACCAUGGGAAAGCAGCCAAGAACUGGCGCCUUGUCUUGGGCCAGCAGAGCCUGCCGCUUUCGGAGAUUCGCAAAGCUUCGGCAAUGGGGCCACACUUUCUGGUCUUGGACUUGGAGAAGCAAGGCCACGUGGGGCUUCGCUGCGAGGAUGAGCUAGGCUUGAAGCAGUUCACUGCGGAGCUUUUGCGGAGGAAGGCUGAUUACGAGCGCUUCGAGCAAUACGAUCAAAGCAGUGUUCAAAGCUACUUCCAGUACUAUGCAAAGCUGUCCAACCAGCAGAAUAUGCUCCAAGAUGGAGUGCGGACUUCCACCUACAACAGAGCCAUUGUGGAGAAUCCCGAUGACUUUGCGGGAAAGUCGGCGAUGGACCUGGGAGCUGGCAGCGGGAUUCUCUCCUUUUUUUGCGGUGCAGGGGCCGAGAAGGUCUACGCGGUGGAAGUGGGACACUCGGCCGGUGCGACGGUUUGGCCAAUGGCCUCGUCUAUGGGUGAAGUGGUUCGGCUCCUGGCCGAUGCCAACGCAUUUCUCACCAAGAAGAUCCAGGUCAUCAGUCGGCCGGUUGAGACCAUCACCCCGUCUGAGCUGGACGGGAAGGUGGACGUGCUUGUUUCCGAGCCAAUUGGGACCUUCCUCUUCAACGAGAGGAUGAUCGAAAGCUAUCUUUGCGCAAGAGAUCGCUUUCUCAAGCCCGGCGGCAAGAUGUUCCCCAACGCGGGAACACUUUGUGUCGCACCUUUCUCCGACUCCUUGCUUCAUUGGGAACAAGCGAACAAGAACGGAUUCUGGAAGAACACCAACUUCUAUGGAAUCGACCUGUCUGCGGCUGUCCAGAGAUGUACAAAGGAGCAUUUCCGGCAGCCCAUUGUGGACUACAUCAACCCCGAGUGCUUGGUAUCCAAGCACAUCGAGACCAGGUUUGAUUUCAUGACGAUCUCGGUGGAGUCCUUGCAGAAGAUUGAAAUCCCGUUCGACUUCGAGAUUUCGCAACCCUGCUUGGUCCAUGGUUUGGCGGGCUGGUUCGACGCCCACUUCGAGGGCAGUAACCAGACGGUGAUCCUAUCGACCGCACCGUGGUGUUCUGGAACCCAUUGGUACCAGAUCAGAUUCUUGCUGGAGGUUCCCUUGGCGGUGAAUGCAGGUCAGCACGUCGAGGGAACUCUCAAGAUGGAGGCCAACAACCUUCAGUCCUACUAUCUCAGUAUCUUCAUGAGAAUAAAAGGGACUGACAUUUCCUCCUCUGCACCGUGCAUCGAUCUCAAGGAUCCGGAAUACCGCUUCUACACCUCAGCGAACUCCUACUGUCCGCCGGGGACUGCGCAGGCGGGAGCUCAACAAGCGGCCACGCCGCAACAAUACCAACAGGCGCACUUUGCCCAGACGCAAAACAUUCUGCCCGGUCAGGCGUUUGGGGCUCCACAGUCUCCCUGGGUUGAAGCGACCGCCGUUUGGGGUGGAGGGCCUCAACGUCCUGAGACAGGGCAGCCAAUGGUCAACGGUUUUGGUCACCGCUGA